UCCCUAAACACGCAGUUCACUUCCGUUUGUGAAAAGAUUCUCUUCCACGCGCUUAUUUUUCAGUAAACUGUUAAGUUUAUUUUCCUAAAAUAUUUUACUUUAACGACAUUUAUCAACAUCGCUCUGAAACGCUCUGUACUGUGACGUCACAUCGCGUGACAACACAGCCGUGAUGUAGCUUACAGGAAGCGCGAUCUUUUAGCUUAGAGCGGCUAAGCUAGCUAACAGGAGCGUGUGGAAAGCGGCGUUUUCUGCCACGAGCGCCGUGAAACAUGGAGGUAGGCAGCCGGGACUUUCUGAACUCGCCGCCUGUGAAGACUGUGAGGUUUGGUGGAAAUGUCGCGGAGACAUUAGAGAAACACAGACAGGGGGACUCCGGAGAUUAUGAGCUGCUGAAGCACCAGCUGGCCGAUCCAGACAUAAAGGAAGCCCAGAUGAUCAGCUGGCUGCAGGAGUUCAGAAGUUGCGUGACUCAGCUAACGAAGGACCACGAACAGCUGAUUUAUACUGUCUUGAGACUUCCGUGGGCUGGUCGGAGUCCGGCUGUGGUGGAGGAGUACCUGGCCUUCCUCGGCAACCUGGUGUCUGCACAAACUGUUUACCUGUGUGCCUGUCUCAAGAUGGUAGUCUCCCACUUCACUCCCAAGAGGGUAACCAUCUGUGAGGGUGGAGUAGAUAUCUCAGACUCAGAUGAUGAAGAUGAGAACGUCAUCAGAGUCUUUGAUCAGUGUCACCAAGCGCUGCAGCUCAUCCUCAGAUACGUCCCAUCCACGAGUCGUUUUCUCAUGCCCAUCCUGCAGGAGAACUUCCCCUUCGUCCAGAAAUCCUCCAGAACUCUGGAAUGUUACGUCCACAACCUGCUGAGGGUGACGGUGUACAUCCCAUCCAUCCGUCAGGAUGUGCUGGAGGUGAUCAUCGGAAGGUUGCUCAAACUAGAUGUGAGUGCGUCUCGGUCUGACAUCGAGGAGGCCGAGGAGAACGCAGUGCAGAGACAGAGGCCUGAGGAGGGACUCUUUGACAUGGAUGAGGAUGCUGACCAUACCUCCACCGGUGUGAUGACCCAUCCGGUGGCCGAGAGGCUGGACACCCUCAUGGCUGUGAUCAUGGCCUACAUCAAGGAUGUGUGCCAUGUUGACGGUAGGUGAAUCACCUGCUCCAUGGAAAGGACGAAAGCGCUGUACAAAGACUCUGUUGACCGUGUUUGACAAGCUCAUUCUGCCAAACACAUGCUUCCAGCCUAUGUCCAGUACACACUCUUCUUUUACCUCUGCAGCUUCAAAAUGGCACUGGCAGAGGCCUUCUUAGAUCACCUGUGGAGGAUCCUACAGAACCCAUCUCAGCCUUCUGUCCUCCGUCAGGCCGCCGCUGGAUAUAUGGGAAGCUUUCUUGCCAGAGCCACGUUUGUUCCUGUAGCCACUGUGCGGGCAUGUCUGGACUUGCUCUUCUCUUGGAUUCACGGAUACAUAGACAGCCAGGACAGCAGUGGUAAACAGGUGUGUUGUGACGUCAGCCUCCACGGACCUUUCUACGCCGUCUGCCAGGCUGUCUUCUACACUAUCAUCUUCAGGCACAGAGGCAUACUGGAGGCCAACAUGAAGAAAGGCCUGGAGUACCUGCAGAACCUGAACCUGGAGCGGGUGGUGAUGUGUCAGCUGAAUCCUCUGAAAGUAUGUCUACCUUCAGUCAGCAGCAUGUUUGCAGCCAUCACCAGGAAGUAUCAGGUGGUGUUCUGCUACACUAUCAUUGAGAGGAACAACCGCCAGGUGCUGCCGGUGGUUCGCAGCUCUGCAGGAGGGGACGGGGUGACCACCAUCACCAACCCUCUGGACAGCUUCUUCCCGUUUGACCCCUACCUGCUUAAGAAGUCCGGUCAGGUGAUUGAGCCACUGUACCAGGUCUGGGAGGAAGUCGCAGACUCGGAGCUGCUUCCCUGCAGAGCAACCCAGCAGGGCUCAAAGGAGGACGAGGAUGACUUCCUGUGUGAGGACACACCGCAGACCGAUGGCAUCCUAGGAAUGACGCCUAGCUCCUACGGCUCAAACAUCUGCAGUCCGAGCGGUGUCGGGUCACCUCCCUUCCCCCGCCAGUAGCCGUUCAGGCUCCAGCUUUUGAGUUCAGACCUCGGUUUAACCAGGAGUGCCUGCUCUGGGAGAGUCGGUCCUUUCCUUUACUCAGACCUGACAGCAGCUUCAGGCUGUGUAGACAUUAAUCUGUACUUCCACAUCUUUCUACCAGCAGCCAGGAGCGCCUGAGAAGUCCGUGUCCAGAGGAUUAUCUGAUGAGCUAUAACAGUAACUGCUCGUGGGGGUGGUUUGUAGCUAAACAUUGAAAACUUCAGGUAUUAGGAUCCUGAUCCUUCUAACCUGAUGAUUAGGUUAAAUUAGAGAUCUGAGAUUGCACAUUAAGUUUAAAAUUAACAGAUCAACACUGUAAAUGACUUUUACUGUCUUUUUUUAAAUGUAGAAAUAAAAUUGUAUUUCAACAGUA